CGAACGCACGGGGAAUGUUAAUGUUUAUUUCUCGAAAAAAGUAAGAUUAAAAUGGCAGUGAUGGGAAUCCUGUCCAUUCACCGGCAAAGUGACGAAACAAAAAUCCCAGUUUCAAAGUCCAGCCUGAGACCGGCUCCUGCUCUUGACGAAUGUGACUGCAUCGUGACACUGGCAGGUGAGUGACAAUGUGAGUGACGUGAAGUGAAUACGCCAGAUGGGCAGGAACCACCUAUAAAGCUGCCUAAGGUACCUGGUAUCCAUCAUUCUUUGGGCAGGGCGGGCAGGAACAAUGGCAUGCCAGUGCAGGUGGACAGGAAAUGUUCUGGGCCACCACGGUGGACUUGGGAUUGGAUUGUUUCUAUCCCACUGGCACCCUGCACCGCACACAGGGACACUGUCAAUGGAUUACCCUGCUACUCUACUGUACAAGGUACAUUGGAUUACUAGUACUCUGCUACAAUCAUGAUGGAUUUCUUGAUGAGGCCACCGUUUCGUCCCUUCCCUCUGUGCCAUAUCACAAGAACACUUUCCAGAAUGGAUGAAAAACUGGGACCGAUUCGAGUUCCUUGCUGGGGACAAUCGGAUCCUGGGGAUGAUGUACAAGUUUGUGCGGGUCGACUGCCGGGACUGGUACAUGAACCCCGAUUACCUGGUCCUGUUCGCGGAUCAAGACCAUCGUUGAGCGAGGAGGAACUCUCUUCCACACAUCGACGAACAUGCCAUCAAUCGAAGGGUUCAGCAAGACAAUCAAGCUUUGGGACCCUAAAGAAGACCCAUGGAGACGAUUAUGCUCCUAUUUGCCCCUACGAGAACAAAUUCGAGGGGAUUUGUCUCUUAGCGAAGAGGAGUUAGAACUGGCGGCGGUAAUUCGAAAUGCUCGUGCAACAGCGCAAGCCAGUGAACGAUCUAGACAACAUCGGUUAAAGCGACGCGCCGAAGACCCCGAUGCCUUUAGAGCGGAAAUGACGGCGCAGGAAUUAGAUUGGCAAGAAUGAAAUCCAGGAAAGUACAGCAAACCGCCGCCAAAGUCAGAAACAAGGCGAAGGAAGAAAAACGCUUCUACUGUGAAGUGUGCGACCUAGCAUUAGCUUCCCAACAAGCAUUGGAUAGCCAUAUAACGACUAAACGCCACCACGAUGCCGAAGAAGGCAACAAAAAAACAACAAUCACGAAGAGUGCUGUGGCUGUAAAAGCGGUCCGGAGUGCGGCCAAGGAGGCGAAGUUGCACUAUUAAUUGUGCAAUAUAUAACAAGGCUUUUAACAACGACUGGGAAUUACAAAGACACCUCACCUAGCAACUCCCAAACAUGCCAAACGGCUGGCCAAAAGCACUGGUUCUACCUAAACACCCCCAAAAAACACCUGGACUGUGGUGCCGGUCUGGAAGAAUCCAACAUCACCAAGAGUGCCGUAGCCGUCGCCUACCCACAUCCAUACGAAGCCUGUGAUUGCCGGCGAGUCUUCUUUUACUCGGGUUUCUCUCGUUCACUGUAUUGGACGGCUUCUCUUGAUGACAGAGAAAUUCCCGAUGAAGUGCAAUCCGCUGAAUGAUAUUGCAGCGACGAUCAGCUUGAGCGAGGCACGCACAUGCAUAGCCAAGACACACAAACAACAGUCGCAAGCACAUCGUCCCAGAGCAACGGCAACUUCUAGCCAGCGGGAACACAUGACUGGGAAAUUGCAAGCCUGACAGCGGUCAGAAACGCCCCGAAAGAGGGGACUAGACAAGUGCCCGCCACGUCAGAUCAUGCCCAUCUUUGGCAGAUCGGCGUCCGGAUCGUCGACUCGAACUCCAAUGACUGGGUCCGAGAAAUGACCAUUCAUAGACAAGACGACGCUGUGAUGACGGGACGACCUCUCCUGCUGCUCGUCGUACGUCGGCGUGGUGCAACCCAAGGCUCAAAGAAGUGGCGCCCAGCCGCGGAUAGGACGGUGUGUUCUUAGCAAGACACAACAAUGCAGGCCGUAAUCAGCCCCUCAAGCAGGAGAGAGACCAAAGGCACUAUUCUAUAGCACCAACUAGACAAGAGCACCGUAACAAUAAUAAUAAUGUUCCAGUGUAUCAGAUGAGCUUGGCUUCCCAGGAGCAAAGAUGGAGACGGGGAGAAACAGGCAAUCUUAAUGGCG